GGAAACAUACAUAUGACGAAACCUUUAUUUUUGUUAGCUGUCAAACAACAAUGCCAGGUUACAUGUAGUUACCACCAGUAGCAACUACUGUUGGUAGGAUCAUUAAAUUGGUAGGAGAAUAUUUUAGUGGUUAUCAUUUCUUUAAAAAAAUUUCAAUUUAUUUUCAUUGGCCAUCCAGCUGUUAAGUUACAUUAACACAGUAUUUGAUAUUGAUGGCAUUCACAACUGAAAGGUUCCUGAAAUUGGUAGGAAAAUAUGUGAAUGGUUUUCAUUUUUGAAACUAUUUCCCCUUGAUUUUGAUUGGUCAUCCAGCUUUCUAGUAAUGAUACAAUCGUCACUAGUGAUGGCAGUUACAUGUCCCUUGGUCAUACAAUAGGGAGAAAGACUUGAGUGGUGAUCAUUUCUUACAACUAUUUUCCCUUGAUUUUAAUAAGCCGUCCAACUGUCAAGUAAUGUUAUCAUGGUAUUUGCUAUUAAUGGCAGCUACCAAUGAUAGGGGUCCCGGUGGGUGUUUCAAAAAGCUGUUAAGUUACGAGCGACUUUAAGAACGAUUGAUAAACCUUUCUUACGCACUAAAUAAUCACCAAUGAACAUUGAAUGGUGAUGAUAUCAUUUACCACAAGAAAGGAUCACCAGUUGUUCUUAAAGUCGCUCUUAACUUUCGAACAACUUUAUGAAACGGCCCCCAGCAAUAAUAGGUCUGUGAUACGUAGUUGAAUAUUUGAAUGGUUAUCAUUUCUUGAAGUUACUUUCUAUCUUGUUUGCUGUAGGUGCUAUGAUUGACUGUGUAGAUAGUCAAGGUAAUACGCCACUCCACUUGGCAGCACAGCAUGGUCACCAGGAGCUACUGGUCACACUGCUUGACCACAGUGCUGACCCAACAAGACAUGGUAUCCAUCGUAUGCUUCCGCUCCAUCUAGCUGGCUUGAGUGGCUACACAAUUUGUUGCAAGAAACUUCUUGAAGCUGGUUGUGAAGUGAAUGGUCUUGAUGAGAACGGGAGGACACCAGCGCAUUGUGCAUCAUGCUCAGGGAACGUUGACUGUUUAGAUCUACUAAUCAGCCGAGGAGCUGACUUUGACGUCCAAGACAAGGAAGGCCGUACACCCCUCCACUAUUCUGCAGGCAAUGCCAACCAUCAAUGUCUUCUCUCAUUGGUCGCUAUGGGGUCAAAGGUCAAUACCUCGGACAUCAGGAACUGCACGCCACUCCACUAUGCAGCAGCUGCCGACAUGGAAGCAGACUGUGUGGAGCAUCUUCUUCACAACAAUGCAAAUCCAACAUUAAGAGAUGAGCAUGGAUACAAUGCACUUCAUUACGCAGCAGCAAGCGGUCACAGUUUAGCAGCAGAAAAGCUGAGAGCUGUAGCAGCCAAUGAACUUCUUGCAGCAAGCCGAUCAGGUCCUCUUACAACCCCCCUUCAUUUAGCAGCAUAUAAUGGUCACGUAGAAGCGCUUCAGGUCCUGAUGCGUUCCAUCGUCAACCUGGACAUCCAGGAUGCCAACGGACGAACGGCCCUUGACCUUGCUGCAUUCAAAGGUCACGCUGAGUGUGUGGAAUCUCUUGUCAUGCAGUCUGCCACCAUUCUAGUCCAUGAUUCCGUUUCAAAGAGAACGCCCAUGCAUGCGGCUGCCUACAAUGGCCAUGCAGAAUGUUUGCGGAUAUUACUUGAGAAUGCAGACCAAGAGGGCGCUGUUGAUGUUGUCGACGAUCAGGGCAGGACUCCUCUCAUGGUCGCUGUUAGUAACGGUCACAUUGAUGCCACCAUGCUCCUAUUAGAUCACAGGGCUAGCCCUACCAUUCAAGACGUCAAUAAGAGGACAGCACUGCAUAGAGCGUCUGCUAAUGGCCAUGAAGAAUGUUGCGAUGCCCUCUUAGGGGUGUGUAACUCCACCAUCCGAGAUAUCAACGGCAGAUCGGCCCUUCACAUGGCAGCAGCUUGCGGUCACGAGGGUAUCCUGGGGUCUCUCCUGCAGCUUGAACCCACAAACCACUUAGAUAACAAGGGCUACACACCACUGCACUGGGCUUGCUAUAAUGGUCAUGAUAACUGUGUUGAAUUGUUACUUGAACAAGAUCCCAACAUGUUCUUUGAAGGAAAUAGUUUUACAGCUCUUCAUUGUGCAGUAUUACGAGACAAUGAAGUAUGUGCUGAGAUGCUUAUAGAUGCUUUAGCAGAUGAAGUAGUCAACAUUCAAGAUUCUAAAGGAAGGACACCGUUACAUGCUUCUGCCCUCAACGACCAAGUGGAAUGCAUGCAGCUCUUACUGAGGCACGGAGGCCAGCCAAACAUUGUAGACAGGAGUGGCAAGACUUGCUUCAUGAUAGCAGCAGAGAGUGGCUCUGCCGGAACAAUAGAAUUACUUGUCACUGGACAAAUAGCAGACAUCUCCUUAUCAGAUGACACAGGAAACUCAGCUCUACACCUGGCUUGCCAACAGACACAUGAAGGUUGUGCUUUGAUGAUCUUGGAGAAGAUUGAUGAUGUUAGAGUCUUAGAUAUGCCAAAUGCCAAAGGAGAAACGCCAUUACAUAUAGCAGCUUCUCGUGGUCUAGUCAUAGUAGUCCAGGAUCUGAUAACAAGAGGAGCUAGUCUUCUAGCUGUAGACAACAAAGGUUACACACCGGCACUAAGCUGUGCAUCUUCCGACAAGGUCGCGGACUGUCUAGCUCUCAUUCUAGCUCAUAUGAUGCCCUUCUCGCCAGGAAAUUCCACCAUCAAUUCCUCACGCAUUGCUCUUGCUCUGUCGGGUGAGCUCGGCCGCACCCGAACCUCCACCAGCCUCGAUUUUAACGAUGGCAAUCGGAGCAGGACGGAGAGCAACGCUGAUACGUCCGACUCAGAAACUUAUUGACAAUUGAUGUCAUUAAUUUCUUAGGUUGUAUGAUGUUAGUAAAUGAAUUAUAAAUACAUUUGUUUAUAUUAAACUAUUUUUCUAGAUAUCAAUUUACCUAUUAACUUAUUUUCUGAAAAAAGGGACAGAAAAGAUAUUGCAUUGGAGUUAGGGCUUUUUAAGUCUUAGGGGAUACUUUUGAGUCCCGUAGUUUCAUUUUCAUUUAUAAUGAAAUGGAUAUUUGAUUUCAUUUUAGCGUUGGAAGAGAUCGAACAUUUCACACCUUUCUAUUGAUAUCAAACUGCAAUGCAGCAUUAAACAAAUGGAUCACUUCCAGGGUUGUUAGAUUCUUUGUUUUAUUAUUAUUAGAGACUCAUCUUUAUUCAAUGGAAUCGGACAAGGCACUCUUUUAAAGAGUUAAUCAAAGUUAGAGAAAGGUUAAUAGGUAAUUAUAUCAAUUAGCAAGAAUUCUUUUUUAAAGGGUGACACAGGCAUUGUUUCAGCCCCUCAUACACAGUGCAAGCUUGGAAAAAAUGUAUAAGAGUAUAGAGAGUCAAACUGUAUUCUAAACAAUGAAAUUAUGGAAAGACAAAAGUGUACAGUUAUCAGAACUCCAGUUUUUUCCGUAAAGUAACUUUGUGAAAGGCCACAGGGAUAUCUUUUUCACCUUUAUUAUUUGUUAUGUUUGUAUGACCUAUAUAAACAGUAUGAGAUCAUGAAUAGUAUUUGACAUUCCAUGCAUUGAUCUCAUUCUUUGAACCCCUUAAACAACCAAACUAAUUCUUGUAAUACAGAUGCCGACCAAGGAAUAAUCCCAAAUUACCUCACAUAUUCCUGUAGCGACAUUCCUAGAUUCAUUUUAGAUGUAUUUAUUUUUAUUCUGCUUGUUUGUUGGAGAUUUAGAUAUGUACUAUGUAGAUAGUAUUUCCCCUCCUUCAAAUUGACCAAAUGUGUAGUUCAUCAGAAUGAAAUGGACAUUUUCUAUAUUAUGAUUAAUGUCUUACUGUUUAGAGUUUUUUUUUUAAUAGUUAUUUCUUAAUAAUUAAGACUUUCUUGAGAGUUAAGACAUUCUUGAGAGCAUGCUUUCCUGGAUAGUAAUUUUUCUUUGCAUCACUCCUUAUUUGCUGCUCUUUACCUGGGUGUAUAUUAAUAGCACAGUUAAAGGAUUUUCACUGACCGGAAAUAAUCACUUUCCUCUCCUCAAAUUGGCAAAAGGUUUUUCUUGACAUAAUUUGGACAAAAUAUAUAAAUAUGCAAUGAUAUAAAUAAAAGUCAAAAUGGUAAAUUAAAUUUUUACUAAGAAAUGUUUGUGAAAAUUGGUCAGUUAUGACAAAAGAAAGGAAUUUGCAGUGUAAUGCUUACUUGAUGGAAAUAAUUACACAAGCUUCAGCUGGCUUUAUUUUUUUAACAAGUUAAGUUACUCAUGUUGUUCAAUCCAGUCUAGCUUCGCAAUAUUAUAUUUGGCCUCCAUUGGUAAUGUAUACCAAUUUUAGACUCUUAAUAUUGUGUAUGUCAGUGGGUCUGAUGUUAUACUGUGAUUGUGACAAUAUUGAUGAGUCAAAGUUUUGAUAUCUAGCUUUUUAUAUUAAAAAAAUGUCUGGUAUUGAUUUUGUAGUAUUGCACAUGACAGCCUUUCUAUUUCAAUUCUUUAAUGGCUUUCCAAUUUUCUUUCAGCUUCUUUAUUAUUGCUUUCUUAUUUCUUAAUUUGUGCUUUCUUUUUGGGGGAGGGAAAUACAGAUCACUGUUUGUUUUUUUAAUGAAAAGUGUUCGUACAAGUUAUGAUUUGAGGUGAUAACAAAGUCGGCCCUGCACGAGCAAAGGCCCGUUCCCCCAUGAUUUCUUUGAAACCGUAAGAGAAAUGUUUAAGAAAGUGAUGCUCAAACAGCAACAUGUGCUUGGUAUUUAACAUAUAAUAACAUGGGUAAUUACCCAAUGAAUAUGUAGUCCAUAAUUAUCCUUUGACCUUUAUUUAACCAAUGAGUAUUUACGACUUUCACUUGCACUUCACGCUUUGUGAAACAGUUCCGUACAUCAUACACAUUAAUUUCUUUUUGCUUCAGGAAAUAUGUAUUUUGUCUUGUUGGUCUGUAAAUACUGUAGAGCUCUGAUGAACACAUGAAUGCAGAGGUAUAAAGGUAUAUAACAUGUAUAUGUUGUGUUUCUUGGAAGAUGUUAGCUCUCUGGGCCUUUAUCUUAAAGAAUUGUGAUUGAUUUGAAUUGAUCUCAAUUGCUAUCUAAUACGCAGCUGAGAUUAUUGAUGAAUAAGUAUCGAUCUCAAAUCGCAUUGAUCUAAACUUUUACUGUACCUCUUUUACACAGUUGAGAUCAAUUUUGAUUCAAGAUUGAUUUCAAAGUCACAGUUGAAAUCAAUUUAAGUUGAGAUUUAUCUCAUGUCAUAUUGUAUUGUUACAGAGAUGAGAUCAAUCUUAAGUUUUAAUCAAAUCAAUUGAAACCCUUUCUAAGGUGAGGCUCAGAGUAUCUUAUAUUCCUUGUUUAUCCUUAUCAGUAUUGUUUGCAAAAUUGAUUUGUGAUAUAUUGAGAUUUAUUUUACAAUGUUCAGCUUCAAAAUGAAGAGAAAAUGUGUUUUCUACAAGAAUGUGAAAAUAUAUGAAUUCUAGAAAGAAUCAACAUUUUCUUUUCUUCUCCUUUUUUUCACUGCUUUAAUUAGGAUUUAGACCAGUAUGUAUAACUAUGCAGUCAAGAAACUAUAUAUUUGAGUUGGUGCUUUGAAAAUUAUUUGUAUAUAUUAUGAACUACUGAAUAUUCAUUAGAUGUAUUCAAAUUACCGCUUUGAUAUUUUUUCAGAGCAAGUUGCUAUGUUUUUUAUAUAAAUUUGCAUUGUAUACCGUUUUGGUUAUUUUUUGUUUUGUCAAAAUUUCCAGACUCAUUGAACAGUAAAUGAUCAAUGGAUUUAGAAUUUUUUUUAUAUUUUUUGUCUUCUUCCUGUUUUCAUUUUCUAUCUAUUUAUCUUUGUCUCCUCCUUUUUUCUCUUCCCUAUUCUCCACCUUUUCUUUGCUCUCUAUUUUUCUUGCUGGGGGUGAUUACUUCAUAAAAUUAGCAUAUAUAGGAAUAUAAUUUUUUUUUUAAUUGCUUUAUUAUAUUGCUCUCACAUAAUGUGGUUUUAGCAAAUAUUGUAUUAUGUUGAUUGGGAUUGUUCUCUCAGAUGUUAAAAGAGGGCAAUGGUAGGAGUGGGGGGUGUAAGGGUGAUGUGUGCAUAGAGUGUACGAACCCACUUCAAUACAAGCACUUUCCUUCACUUCAUUCCAUGUUUCUUCCAGCUUGGGCGAUGUUGGAUGUUGUGUUGAGUCUUUGCAACAAUGUUUACAUUUACACAUUGGUAAUACACUAAGUAUUGCUUUAUCAUAAUUUUUAAAAUGCCUGGUCGUACAUGUAGUAAGCUAUUUUUGUCACAAUAUGCAUUAACUCCUGUCCCUAAUUUAUGUCGAGCAAACCUUAACUUUUAAGAAGAAAGUAAAGGAUUUCUUAUAGCAAUGUUUAUUUUGGUUAGAAAGUAAGAAUGGCAGGACGUUUCAUCAACUAUAAUCAACUUUGAAGUUUUAACAUUCUCAUGAAGACUAAAACCAUGUUGUGCAUUUUGGAGAAUUUUUUUUAGCUGAUAUAUAUGAACUUGUUAAUAAUGACCUUUCAUUUCACACGGUCCAGCUGGUGUUUCAUCAACUAAAGUUGACCUUAAGAUUUAUCCCAAGAUCGAUGAAACAUUGUCAGUAAAGAUUAUUACUGAGGAAUAAAUGUUGUACUGAAAGUUUUUGCGUGUGAAUAAUUUUUCAAGCUAUUGUGAGCCGAAGCGAUAUGCCAAUUGAAAUAUGUAUAAUGCUGUUCACAAUAGACUAGGGGCUGAGCUAUAUGGAACACAAAAGUUAGAAAUUGAAUUUGACUUUAUUUUAUAUAAAUAAAUGCAAUUACUACAGCAUUAUAAGCACCAAGGUGACUACCAUUGACAAUGUGCAGACAAUGUACGUAGGCAAGUAUGAAUUCAUGUAUAAGAAACAGCAAUUUAGACACUUGCAGCCAAAUUUGGUGAAUUAUUUUGUUUUACCAAUUUUUUUUUCUUCAACUACUGUCGGUCAAACCUGUUUUAGUGACCAACUGUAUAGAAGGACCACCUAUCUAUACAGACCAAAAGAUUGGUUUCACUUUAAUAGCAUUCCCCAUUAAAACAUAUAUUACAGAUAUAUUGCCAAGAAAGACUACCUGUUCAUAAAAACACAUUUUUUCUCCAUUGUGUGGUCUUUAUACAUUGGUUUUACUGUAAUUGAGCACGUGGAAAAAUUACAUGCUUCUACAAACCAAACCACAAUUUAUCUCGAAUUACAUAUUUUAUUCGCACUCCCUGUUAUAUAUUACUUCAACAAAUUCCAUUUGACUGCAACAUUAUGAUACAAGCAUUAUUCCAGUUUUCAUCUUCAUAGUAUUACACCAAAAGCUGAUUUUAUCUCAUUAUUUGGCAAAACAUGACCAAACUUUGUCUCUUAAAUGCGUUGCUUUGCCACAAACUUUUGUUGAUAAAUGUCCCCCUCUUGUUCAUUAGAAUUUGCACCUCUAUAAAAUUUUACCAUAAAUUUUGUAGUUUUUCCUGUAUUUUAGGAACUGGUGCAUCAAAGUUGAAUGAACAAAAACAUUUUCUUGUGUUGUAAAUAUGAAUGUAAUGUUUGUUAAUAUCCAAUUACAGAGUUUGGAUUUGAUUAUUUGGAAGAUGAAUUUGACCAAAUUGGGCCAGAAAAUGGUCAUCUUUGUGUGGACUGUAUAUCAUGCUUAUAAGAUGGAUUUUAAUAAAUGAAAUACAUACCAAAAG